CGAAGGGGGCGUGCCAUAGAGGCCGGGCGGGCUUCUGUGCCUGGGGAUCGUCUGAGGAGUGUGACAGCUGGACAGAGGGGGAGAAAUCCCGGAGGAGACGAAGGUGCCCCUCCUUCCUUCCCUACCCCGAGGAGGCUCGCGCUGUCCUUGCAGGCUCCCUCCGGGCGCACCCCUCUUCCGAGGCCCCGAUCCUGCUGCACACACCCCUCCUCCUCCUCCUCCUCCUCCUCUUCCUCGCCCGACCUUCCUUCCCCCACCAGGGAGAGUUGCCCCUACCAGCCCCGCCCCUUUCAGCCCCCAUUGUCAUCGCCCUGUGCCCCCAGGGCAAGCGAUCCCCUCCAAGCGAUUCCCCUCAUGGAUUACAGGCUUCCUUCGGGGGGGAAAGGAGGCAUGGCCCUUCUCUGCCCAGCAGCGCCCUGGGAUCUGCUGCUCCGGGCUGCUCGGGAGUGAACCGUCUGGGCACCCCGCAUUUCUGGAGGAGAAGGAAGCGGCUUCCCUGCACCUCACCUCCUCCUCCGCACCCUCCUCCGGCUCGGUUCUUCUACCAUGGACAGUAUCCUGGAGCCCUUCCCCUCGGAGCGCCUCUUCCCCGGAGGCGCCUCCAGCUUCUUGGACUUGGGCGACUUAAAUGAAGCGGAUUUUCUCAACAAUGUGCAUUUCUCUGAGAACUUCGAUCACUUCUCCGAGAACAUGGAAGAUUUUUCCAAUGAACUAUUCAACAGCUUCUUUGACGACCCCAUGCUGGCUGAAAAGAACCCUCUGCUGGACAUGGAUCUGGAUCCUCCCACCCCUGGCAUCCAGGCAGAGCACAGCUACUCCCUGAGUGGAGACUCUGCUCCUCAGAGCCCUCUCAUGCCCAUCAAGACAGAGGAGAAGGCCAAUGAAUUAGAAAAUGGUAUGUGGUCCCUCCAGCACAAGCUCUGUUCCAUCAUGGUGAAGCAGGAAGAGAACAUGGUGCCAGAACUUCCAGAGACCCAGAUGGCAGCUAUCCCAGUGCCCAUGUUAAAUCUUAACCCUCUGCAACGGUUACCAGUCCCUGAAGAGGCUCCCACAGAAAUGACACCCCAGCCUGUAAUCAAAGAUGAACCCAGAGAGGUGAACCAGUUUCUAAACGUACCAACAGGUGACCUGGUGCAAAUGCCUCCUACUCCUCCCAGUAGCCAUGGCAGUGACAGUGAUGGAUCUCAGAGCCCAAGGUCCCUGCCUCCCUCCAGUCCAGUCCGCCCUGCUGCCCGCUCUUCCGCAGCAAUCUCUUCUUCUCCUCUACUCACAGCACCACACAAGUUACAAGGGACUUCAGGACCCCUGCUCUUAACUGAGGAGGAGAAACGUACCCUGAUUGCUGAGGGUUAUCCCAUCCCAACCAAGCUGCCUCUCGCCAAAGCAGAGGAGAAAGCACUGAAGAGAGUCAGACGAAAGAUCAAGAACAAGAUUUCUGCACAGGAGAGUCGUAGGAAGAAAAAAGAAUAUGUGGAGUGUCUGGAGAAAAAGGUUGAAACCUAUACAUCUGAAAACAGUGAACUUUGGAAAAAAGUUGAGACCUUAGAAAAUGCUAACAGGACCCUUCUCCAGCAAUUACAAAAACUGCAGGCUCUGGUAGCAGGGAAAGUUUCUAGGCCAUACAAAAUGGCUUCCACACAGACAGGGACCUGCCUGAUGGUCCUGGUUUUGUGCUUUGUUCUAGUUCUGGGCUCCAUGAUGCCAUGUCUCCCAGAAUUCUCUGCAACAUCACAGACAGUAAAAACCGCUCCAACACCAGACAUUUAUACAACCAGUAAAAUUCAGUCACGGAGCCUCCUUUUCUACGAUGAGCACGGCGGCUCCUUAGAAGAAGGUUACAGCUCCUUCAUCUCUGUGGAGCAUCCUGAAAACUGGGAGGCUGACAAAGGGCCAAGCGAGGAGCAGCCGCCUCAAGAGCAUGUGCUCCGUCCCUUAGCUGUGGCCCACGGAACAGCCAAAUAUCUGAACAAACCCCGCCUGGAGGGCCCAGAGCAGAACAGCACCAGCUCCGCUCUCACUCACCCCAAGGAGCGAUUCCAUGAGAGAGAGAGAAGCCCCAGUGAUACAGCUGAAUACUUGUAGCAGCUGCCAGCCCUCAGGGCCUCUUCUGUCUGGAUGCAGGAUCCUUUCCCAGCUGAGUAGGAGAGGAUGCUCUAUUUAGACUUCUCCAAACUGGCCUUGAGUUCAGCCACCUCCGCCUCCUCGUUCACUUCCCCCCUGCCUGGACCCUCAGUGUCAAUAAUACUGAUUUUUCGGUCAAGAUUCACAGUGAUCACCAUAAUCAGGGAGAGUGCCUGGCAACACAGCAAAAAUCCCAAUUCUCAUGUAUCCCCACUUGUGUUCACUGUGGCCACCAGUUAUGUUGUUUAUCUCUCUCUACAGUCUGUCACCAAAGCUCCCAAUGUCUUAGCACACAACUGAAAAUCUGUACUAAACUGAACUGUACCCAACCAUUUUUGUUUCAUGAUUAGGCAAAAAUUCACUUCUACCUUGUUGGAUACUAUUCUGUUUUGUUUUAAAAUGUUUCUAGGGUUUGGUUUUUACAAACAUAAUUACAUAAGAACAAGGUAUAGAGAACACAAAGAUAAAGAUAUAAAAACAUGUCACUACUAAGGAUCCAGAGAAGAAGGAAAAAUAGUAUUCAAAGGUUUUUUCUCAACAAUCUAUAAGCAAAAUUGACAAAUCACAAUCUCCUAAUCUAUCAGUUUAUUAUUACUGUAAAAUGUCACCAAAUUAGUCCAUCUGCAGUACUUAGACUCUAUUUUACCAGAUUCUGAUUUGACAUCCAUUUUUCCCCACAGUGUCUCAGCAGGGACCGUCUUCUGACCUCAAAUUAUUGUUUAUAACUCAGUGCCCAGAGCUGUUACAGGAAUAAAGGAUAGCCUGGAGGAUCGUGCAAAUAGAAUUGGGAGUUAUUAUUCAUUCCCGUUCAGUUUUUAUACCCUCUUUCCAGACAGUCUUUAGAUUCGGUUUUCUCCAAACACGCAAAUGAGUUCCUCCUACUCAUUUCUUUUUGUACAACUCUCUUUAAAAUAUGAGAUUACAAACUGGAUGGACCCUCUAUGUCAGCAACCUAAGGAAAGAGAUCACCCUCUUUAUGUAAGUUCUUUAUCAGUGUGCCAAGGACUAAGCAGAGAUGGUAGGGAUGUCCAUGGAUGCCCUUCACACCCCUAUUCUUUUAAUAUUUCCUGGAGCUGAUUGGGGCAGAUGCAUGAAUCAGCUUCUGCCAUGGUUUUCUUUCCAAUAGAUAUUAGGAAUGGAGAGCCCCUUCAGAGCGAUUCUCCUCCAAGCAUGUCCACCAACACCAGCAUAUACCACUGCACCUUCCAAAAAGGAAAGUAUAUCUUCUCCCAACACCAGCAUAAAGAGCCACUGUUCAGUUAGUGCAUAUCCUUUUCAUCCAUGUCAAUAGCCAGAAAUCCUACUGGACAUAGUCCAUGUGUGCCUCAAAUUCAUACCGUUGUACAGUGACCAAACUCAGAAAUUAUUUGUACAUAAUGAAACUUAUUUUGUAUUAUUGCCAAUCCCUUAAGAUAUUGUAUUUUGGAGACUCUCAGAUCCUAUUUUCUGUAUUGUAUUUUAUUAAGAGUUAUUGCGGGCUUGGCCUCUAUGAACUUCCUCCCUUUGCAGGGCGCUGUUUCCUCUUAGUCUAGCAGCUAAUGUUUGCCUUGUUUUCAUUUUUAAACAUAUCCCUAUUUUCCUCCUGUUACUAGCUCUGCAAUUGCUUUGGAGCAGCAAAAUUAAAAAAAAAAGAUGCAGCAUCAA